AUGGCCUCCAACACAGGGCAGGUGCGCAAUAAUCCGUUUUCAAGGAACCAGUCGCCUUCUCCAGUCCCUUCAAGUUCCAAUGGGAGACCCAAGUCCAUGGUGUUGAACUCGCCGUUGGCUGGCAGCCAAAGCCCCACCAACGUACACAGCCGGCAUCAGUCCUACUCUGCUCUUGCAGGAGUGGUAUCCCCACCAAAUACAAAUGGGGGCAAACGAUUCCACUCAAACUCCCGAGGAGGGGGCUCCACUUCGAAUACGUUUGCUCCUUCAUUUAUAAAGACCGAUGAUGUGCGACGCGCCCCAGAGGCCGUACAAGGAAUCGAGGGUGAGAAUGAUUUCUCCGGCAAAAGAUAUGUCUGGUUGAAGGAUCCCGAGGCCGCAUUUGUCAAGGGCUGGAUUGUUGAGGAAUUGGGCGACAACCAGAUACUUGUACAAUGCGACGAUGGCAGCCAACGGGAAGUGAUCGCAGACAGCGUUGACAAAGUCAAUCCAGCGAAAUUCGACAAAGCAGACGAUAUGGCAGAGCUGACACACCUUAAUGAAGCUUCAGUCGUCCACAACCUUCACAUGAGAUACCAGGCCGAUCUAAUAUAUACGUACUCGGGACUCUUUCUGGUCGCGAUUAAUCCUUACUGUCCACUGCCAAUUUACACAAACGAGUACAUUAAUAUGUACAGAGGGCAAAGUCGAGAAGAGACCAAACCACAUAUUUACGCCAUGGCAGAUGAAGCUUUUCGAAACUUGGUGGACGAGGGCAAAAACCAAAGUAUCCUGGUAACAGGAGAGUCAGGUGCUGGAAAGACGGAAAAUACUAAAAAGGUCAUUCAAUAUCUGGCAGCCGUUGCCCAUUCGGAAUCACCUGUAAAGAGCAAGUCCCUACAGCAUUCCAACCUCUCACAACAGAUCCUUCGUGCAAAUCCGAUCCUUGAAGCGUUCGGUAAUGCUCAAACUGUCCGGAACAACAACUCUUCACGAUUUGGUAAAUUCAUUCGAAUCGAGUUCACUCGUACCGGCAGCAUUGCUGGGGCUUUCAUCGAUUGGUAUCUUCUGGAGAAAUCACGAGUGGUCCGUCUUAAUGCCCACGAGCGAAAUUAUCACAUCUUUUACCAACUUCUCAAAGGAGCAGACAGAAAGAUGAAACAGGAUUUCCUGAUAGAUGGCCAAGACGUGGAAGAUUUUGCCUACACCCGGGAUGGUCAUGACACAAUAACAGGAGUCUCAGACCGUGAUGAGUGGAAUUCUUUAGUUGAGGCGUUCGAAGUCAUGGGAUUUCUAGAGAAAGAGCAGGUUUCGAUUCUCAGAACAGUAGCUGCAGUCCUGCAUCUGGGCAAUAUUACUGUGAUGAAGGAAAGUCGAGGGGCGGAUCAAGCUCGGCUAGCUCCAGAUGCUCGCGCCCAUGCAGAAAGGGUUUGUAAAUUGCUUGGAAUGCCUGUCGAGCCAUUUCUCCAAGGCCUCCUUCACCCACGGGUCAAAGCUGGUAGAGAAUGGGUCGAAAAGGUUCAAACUCCUGAGCAGGUGCGGCUUGCGUUGGACGCAUUGGCGAAAGGAAUUUACGAGAGAAGCUUUGGCGACCUGGUCACUCGAAUCAAUCGACAGCUCGAUAGGUCUGGCAUGGGCAUGGAUGAUUCCCACUUCAUCGGAGUACUUGAUAUCGCCGGGUUCGAGAUAUUUGAGGAGAACAGCUUUGAGCAGCUGUGUAUCAAUUAUACGAAUGAAAAGCUUCAACAGUUCUUCAACCACCACAUGUUCGUGCUUGAGCAGGAGGAGUACGCACGAGAGCAAAUUGAGUGGAAGUUCAUUGACUUUGGUCAUGACCUCCAGCCUACGAUUGACCUGAUCGAACUGCCAAAUCCCAUUGGUAUUUUCUCAUGCUUGGAUGAGGACUCAGUAAUGCCGAAAGCCACGGAUAAAUCCUUCACGGAAAAGCUCCAUUCUUUAUGGGACCGGAAAACUCCAAAGUAUCGCCCUUCGCGCCUUGGGCAGGGUUUCAUGCUUACUCACUACGCGGCUGAAGUUGAGUAUUCCACAGAGGGCUGGUUAGAAAAGAACAAAGAUCCACUGAAUGAUAAUGUCACGAGAUUGUUGGCUGCGUCAACCGACAAGCAUGUUGCUUCAUUGUUUAUUGAUUGUGCUGAUGCCGAGGAUGAGAGCGGAGCCACGAGGAGCAGAGUCAAGAAAGGCCUCUUUAGGACGGUUGCUCAGAGACACAAAGAGCAGCUCUCAAGCUUGAUGGCACAACUUCACUCAACCCACCCACAUUUUGUCCGAUGCAUAAUCCCUAACCACAAAAAACGACCCAAACAACUCAGCGCCCCGCUUGUGCUAGACCAGCUCCGCUGCAAUGGUGUACUUGAAGGUAUCAGAAUCGCUCGCACCGGGUUCCCAAAUCGACUUCCCUUCUCCGAAUUCAGGCACCGAUAUGAAGUUCUGUGCAGGAACAUGCCUAAGGGAUAUUUGGAAGGGCAAAUGGCAGCUUCCAUUAUGCUGGAUAAAUUCGGUCUGGACAAGUCUCUAUUUCGUGUUGGUCUCACGAAAGUAUUCUUCAGAGCUGGUGUGUUGGCGGAGCUUGAAGAACAACGAGACGCUUUGAUUCGGGAAAUCAUGUCUCGAUUUCAGUCUAUUGCUCGAGGUUUCACCCAACGACGCAUUGCCCACAAGAGACUUUAUAGAGCUGAAGCAACUAGAAUCGUGCAGCGGAAUUUCCAAGUCUAUCUCGACCUCUGCGAAAACCCAUGGUGGAGGCUGCUGGCUAAGAUGAAACCUCUUCUUGGUGCCACUCGCACCUCUAGAGAAGUCAAGAAGCGUGACGAAAUGAUCCAGAAGCUCAGCGAUAAAAUGAAACAUGAGGCUACCGAGCGACAACGUCUUGAUGAAGAGCGCAGGAACGCUCACACUGAAAUGCAACGAAUUCAACAGACCCUCGAAAGUGAACGAGCUUUAGCAUUAGACAAGGAGGAGAUCUUCAAACGACUGCAAUCACGGGAGCAAGAGCUUAGCGAUAAGCUGAAAGGAGCCCUAGAGGACCAAGAGAAUCUCGAUGAUCAAUUGGAUGAUUUGCUAGAUGCUAAGAAGAAGGCUGAGCAACAGGCUGAGCAAUGGAGGUCCCAGCUUGAACAAGCAGGUCAAAUUAUUUCUAAAUUAGAGUCUGAUAAGACUGAGUUGUCUAAUAAACUCAACGACUUGGAUAACCAGCUGAAUGACUUGGCCCACGCCCAGUCGCAAAGGAGCGCGGAGGAGGCACGUCUCACCCAGGAAAUCAACAUGCUCAAAAGUCAGCUUGACAUGAAAGACCGGAAGGCUCAGGAUCUCGAAAGCAAGCUCCUCAAGGUUGACCAGGACUUAGACAUCAAGCUGGCAAAAGCUACCAAAGACCUUCAAGCUACCCGCCUCAAAGAAUCAGAAUUGUCUACCGAGAACCGACGAGUGCACCAACAACUCUCAGAGCUCUCUGCGACUUCUACCAGCUAUGAAGAUCUUGUGCGGAGGAAAGAAAGCGAAUUAGCCAUUCUUCGGUCUGACAACCGCAAAUACGAAGAAGAGCGCAAGAAAUUUGAUGACGAGAAAAAGGCAUUGUCAUCCGACAAGGACAAUGUGAUCAAUCGCCUUCGUGAAGUCGAAGCAGAAAUGUUCGCAAUGAGAUCGCAGAAGGCUAACCUUGAGCGAGAGGCAGCAGACACCAAGAAACUGCUGGAUGCCCGUCUCAAUGAAGACACUCAAGCUGGCCAAAACCGUAAGAUGCUAGAAGGUCAGAUAGUAGACCUUAAGCAGCAACUGUCAGACGUCCAGCGAGAUCUCAGCAAAGAACGCCAAUCAAGGGACGACGUUCAACUGCUUGCAGAGCACAAAUAUCGCGAGCUCAAUGAGAAGUUUCAGGAAGUCAACGAAGCCAAGAUCAUCAUUGAGAAGGAGCUUUAUGUGCAACAGGAUACGCUCAGACGAGCAAUGGAGGCCCGCGUAACAGCUGAAAAGGAGCGCAAUGAGGCUCGAAAUGAAAUCAGAAGGCUGAGAGAGGCUAAGACUGCCGCUGAGGAAGCGAGAAUCCAGGCAGAACUUGCAAACGAUCGGAGUGCGUCGCGCCUCGCUCGAGAGCGUGAGACCAGCCUAAGAAAAGAUCUUGAUGCGGAGCAGAGUCGAGUGAAGUAUUUUGAGGACGAGUGCAGCCGCUUGAAUCAGGAAGUGAAGGAGCUGAACAACAUUAUCGCUGAAUCUACUGAUUUCGGUGUUCGGAAUGACACCGAGAAGGAGCGACUAGAGCGGGAGCUUAAUACUAUCAAGAGCCGUCUCAUGGCUUCGGAGAACGACAAUCGCGCACUUCUCAAUAAACUUCAACAAAAGGGACUCGAGCUCGCUCGAUCGGGAUCUAAAGCAAGCGACGCCCAAAGGGGUCAAAUGCUCACUCUGCAGCGCGAGAAAGCAAAAGCUGAAGAACAGAACCAAAGGUUGAAUAAGCACUUGGGUGAUGCCCAAUUGGCGGUCGCUACUCUUGAAAAGCAGAAAGAGAAGCUUGAGCUAAGCCUUGAGGAUCUCAACCACGAAGUUGCUCGUGAGCAUAAGACUAGUAGAAAUGCCGAAAAAGCAUCCUCAACGUUCACAAGCCAGCUUGCUGAAGCUAAUCGAAAACUUGAUGACGAGCGUCAACUCCAUACCCAGGUGCAAGCCAAAUACAGACAACUUCAAUCGAUCAUCGAGACACGAGAAAAAGAGGUACUCCAGCUGAUGAAGCUUGUUGAUCCCGACAUGACGCAGUCAGUGCCUCAGUACGAUGGCGCCAGCGCCCGAAGCCCCACGAAAUCUCCUAAUCUUGUCCCUGGCCUUACUCAGAAGAUAGAAGAGCUGCAGAAUAACCUAAGGGUUCAGACAGCCGGAAGAUCAAAUGCAGAGUCGCAGCUGGCCACUUUACGGAAAAGAUACGAAGACGAUUUCGCUGAGUCUCCAGAUCGAUCUCCCAGCCGUCCUAAAUUGGAAGAGAUCAACCCCAAUCAAGUUUCAUUUGCCAAUUCACCAAACCACCUCAGGGGCAAGCUCAACGCCUUACCUCGCUCGAACGUUUCAACGCCAACUCGCCGCUUUCCAAGCAAUGGAAAUGAUGCCGCACAGGACUCCGGGAGAUCGGAUCGCACCGCAGAUAUGUUAAGCUUCAAUAAUCGCAUGGAUCUCAAGGCUGAUUUUGAGGAACUGCAAAACCAACUUCAAAUGACUCAAAUGCAAAAUCGUCAUCUCCAAAGUCAGCUUGAGCGGUCGACGCCUUCCCGAGAACUUUGGCCCGAAGAUAGUCCAUCUGUUCGCCGGGUGCAGAAGCUGGAACAAGCCAAUAGUAGGCUUCAUGAUAUGCUAGAUGAUUCUGCCAGGAAAGUGUCCACUCUGGAGAAGAGUAUCCAAUCCGGCGAACUCUCUCUUCGCGAUGUUCAAACGAAAUCUCACGAGGAACUUUUCGAGCUCAUCAACGACCAAGAAGACUCACGGCGAUCGCUCUUGCAUAUUCAUAACAAUAAUCUUUCAGAAUUAAACGACACAAAGAAACAUUUCGAAGCAUUGAAGCACACUCGUGCAGCUUUGGAAGUAGACUUAAGAGAUGCCAAGUCUGACCUGGAGGAGGUGAACCUACAACGCGAUCAAGAUGCCGCCAGCCGAAGCCUUCUCUUGCAAGAGUUUGCUGAUCUCCAGAUUAGUCUGGAUGCGGAAUCUUCUAAGGUGGCGGACAUUAGCUCCAGUCUGUCCCUGUAUAAAAGCCGUGCAGACGAGUAUUUUAGCAAGCUUGAGCAAGCCGAAAUUGCAGUUUUGAAAGCCUCGAGGGCAGAACAAUUUGCCAGGACGCAAGCAAAGGAAGCUGAAGAUACAUGCGCAGAGAUUAUGUCUGAGCGCAAGGAAAUGGAUGCUUCGAUUGAGGAUCUUCAGCGACAAAAUCAACGCUAUGAAGAGAGACUCGAAGAUAUGUCUUCUGAUCUUGAAGCCGCAGUACAAGCCAGAAAGCGCCUUCAGCAUGAGCUGGAAGAUUACCGAAGCCAACGCGCCAUGGAUAUCGAGGACAAGGAGGCUAGCAUGGAGCAGACUCGCAAGAAGUACCAAUCUGAGUUCGCAACUCUUACCAACGAGCUGGAUAUUGCCCGAGAGGAAAAGCUUUUCAAGCAAGCUGAGGUUACUAGACUGCGUGAAGAGUUAGACGAACUUCGAUCCAAGUGGGAUGAUGAGGUCCUCAACAGUUCCACUUGGUCGAAAGAAAAGUCUCGCCUCGAAUCUACCCUCGCGGAUCUUUCUGCUUCUCGGGAUGAGGCAGCCAAUGCUCAUAGAGAUGCACAAGACAAGAUAGUAUCGUUCUUGUCUCAAAUCAGGAGCAUGAGGACGACGGUUGAUGAUCUCACUGGGGAACGAGACUUGCUCCAACGGGAGAAACGUGGUCUGGAAGCCCGCUUGGAAGAGGCCAAAUCUGGCCUCGAGGAUCUUACUCAAAGUGACAGCCCGUCAUUACGCCAUGUCGCGGGAAUGGAUCGCGAACUCUUGGAGCUCAAAUCAAAUUUGGCUCAGCAGGAGGAUAUUGUAGCCGCUGCCGUUGGCAAAAUGCGACGAGCUGAAGCUAUGGCUACGGAGAUGCAAAAAGAUAUCGUUGCCGAGCGAGAAAUGACUGUUCAGUUGAACAAGCAGAAAGCGGCUUUGGAGAAGUCUCUGAAGGAUACUCAGCUAAGACUUGUGGAUCUUGAGACGAAGAGCUACUCUAGCGCCAGCCAAGAUGUUAGAUUUUUACAUGGCCGCGUUCAAGAGCUUGAGUCACAACUUGAAGCCCAAGAAACGCAGCGCAACAAAAGCCAACGAGACGUCCGCAACGUCGAUCGCACGGUCAAAGACCUUCAACUCCAAAUCGACCGUCGCGACAAAGUCAACACCCAACUCGAAGAAGAAGUAGCGCGUUCCCGAGACCGAUGCGAGAAAUUCCUCAAAACAAUAGACGAGCUACAAAACAGCGACUCAGCGAACCAGCUCAACGCUCGCAAAGCAGAGCGCGAACUUAGAGACGAGAGAGAGAAAGCCCUGCGCCUGGAAAGGGAAUUAGAAGGCUGGAAACAACUGAGGAUGGAGAAAGGUAACUCUGCAAGACGCAGUGGGACAUGGAGACCGGGUUCGGAGUUUGGGGGUAGUGGGGCAGAGGAGAACGGGAUUCAUAUCCCGAAGAGGAAUAGCAGUGUUAGUCGGCAGGUUAGUAUGAGCAAAGGGUUUCUGUGA